GUCAUUGCCAAUUACCGGGCCUUCCCCUGCACUCUUGGGGUGCGGCGGCGCAAGGGUCGUCCACACCUUCACCGGGCCUUCCCCUGCACUCGUCGUUUCUCUCAAUCCUCGCUGCUCCCAUCUCAUGGCUCUCGCGUUCGCAUCUCAUGCCCGCCGUCUCCUCCUUGCCGGCGCUGGAGCUCCGGCGAGAUCGUUACACGCCCAGCCCUACCAAGCCAGGGUCGACGUGGCGGAGUUCCUCAACGGCGUGGGAAAGCGGGUGGAGAAGCACGCCGCGAAGCCGGAGGACGCAGUGGGUAGCGAUAUCCAGAGGCUGAUCGAGGCCGGCAAGCUGCGCCGCAAGAAUCGCCGCAUCCCCUGCAAGCGUAGAAAGUUGAUUUUGAGUCUUGCCCACAAGUUUCGUCUUGGUCUCUGGAAGCCUUGAGCAGAACCCAAGAAAGACGAAUGAAGUUGAUUUGUUCUUAGAAUGCUCACAUGGAAUUAUGGACAACAAUUGACUGAAGCAUGUUUGAGACAAAAUAGAUACUCUUGUAAUUUGGAUGCCACAAUCUUCAUUCUCUGCCAGCGCUUAUUUUCCAACAGUUUGCGCAGAAUUCUUGAAAACUUCCAACUAUCUGUAGCAUGUAGCAUGGUUUGUUCCUUUUGUAACAACGAAAGUUACCUAUAACAUAUGACAAUUCUCCUUGAUGGUUUAUCACCUCAAAUCUGUAUUGUGACCAGACACCGAAGCACCCCCAUGAAACUGUAGUGGACAAUGCAGAAAUAUA